UCCACCCCUUCUGUGAGCUCGGCAACCAGUGGCAACUGAGAACCGCAGGGUCGGGGCCGGGAAGGGGCAGAGCAGCGGCAGCAGCAGCCGGAGCCAUGCACAGGGACCGGCGGGUCCAUCCCAGCGCGCAGCGCACCCUCAACUGGUUUGCUUAUAUUGGAGUAGACCAGAAUCAAGCCGAGCCAACUACAAGUUCUGCACAAAACCAGGUCCAGAACAAAGCAGCUCCGUACAUUGAGGAGAAACUGCCGCUAGCAUUCAAAGCUCAGGAGCAGACUGCAUUGAAGAACAAUUUCCCAUUUUCCUUUCAUGACAACAAGCACUGUUUGCGGAAUGUAGGAGAAUAUUUUGAUUUUGGUUUGGGCCGCAGGAAGGUGGAACCAGAGAGACGGCAACAGAACUCCCAGAACUUCCUCCAAUGGGCUCAUAAGCCAGUCCCCAGCAAAGAAGAUGGCUUAACCAUUUAUCAGACCUCAUUUAUGAAAGAUAAAAGCUCUGAGAGCCCAAUUUAUAGGCGGUAUCCAAAACAGCACACAGAAAAGCAGUGCACUGAGAAACCCAUUCUUGAGAAGGAAAAAAACCUGCAGCCAGACAAGUCAUCUUAAUUAUCAACCCACCUUUGUAGCACCAAUCUAUCAUCAUCAUCAGAGCCUUUACUUGAGAUCUAAACUAUUUCUUACUCAAAUGGAUGAUGAAAUAAACAUGCGUGAAGUGAAUGUGUUGUGCAGUUGAGAGUUCAUUGAAAUCAGCACUCGUGUUACUCUGAAGACAUACAUUACUAUAAAAAUUGUAAUGAAGAGAAAAAGCAUGAUUGUGCAUAGUUUCAGCCAUACCUCUGUUAGGAGAACAGAGGUAGUGAUUGUACAUGGGUUAUUUGAUACUGGUUGACCCUGAUCUUGAUACAAAAGCUCGUUCAACUUCCGAAUCAGCGGUGGGGCUGUACCUCAAGCAGCUGACAGUAUCUGUGUUGAAAGAAGUAUAUGAUGGAACUGGAGCCUUGAGGAUUUCCACACUAGGGAGUCAAAACUGUGUGUUCAGAAACCUUUUCUGAAAGGUGUCAUGGCUGUGAGGGCAGGUUACUGCCCAUGUGAGAAGCUAGAUAAAAAAGCUGCACAUUAGACUGCUGUGCAAAAUAACUGUAAUGUUUGGUUAUAACACAGCAGUUGCAUAAGCAAAGAAAGAAAGGAUGUUGUAAA